AUGAAGGCUGUCCAGGAGAAGGUGGAUGUGGUAAGCCUCGGAAUUGGCAUAAAUGGAAUGCGACAAACCAAAAAUAAUAAGGUGAUUAUUAAUUGCGAAACUGAAUCAGACAGAGCUAGACUCAGUGCGGCAAUUAAGGAAAAAACCAGCGGGAUAACAGUUACCGUGCCGAAUGUGCGUAAUCCAUGUCUUAGACUGCUCGGAGUAAUAAAUGAAUAUGCCAACGACAGGGUGGCAGAAGCCAUUUCGAAACAAAAUUCACGGAUAUUGGAAGGAGUGAGUGAGGAUAAUAGACAUAUAAAAUACAUCAGAUGUGUCAAAGGCCGAUCGGACUAUACAAAAAAUGUAAUCAUCGAAGUAAGUCCGCAGAUCUGGAACGUCCUAAAGGAUAGAAAGGUAAAAAUCGGCUACCAAAAUAUUCCGGCAGUAGACCAGACACCGAUUCAGCAGUGCUACCGUUGCCAAGGAUUCGGACAUCGCGCGACCGGUUGCACCGUUGCCAAUAGGUGCGGACACUGCGCGGAGAACCAUGACACCAGGUGCUGCCCACGAGACUCGGAGGGACAGAGAUGUGUAAACUGCAGGGAACUGGGGAAACCUCACGAUCACCCAGCUUAUAGUCAGUCCUGUCCAGAAUGGCAGAAGUGGGAUCGGAUAGCCCGUGCAGCUAUUCGUUACACAGCUACAUACGAGAUGAUCAAUAAUGUUAAAGAAAAGAAGUACGACGUAAUAUUCAUGACAGAACCAUACGUAGGAAGAGAUAAAAAGAAAUACACCUGCGAUAUGGAUGGAUAUGACGUCUAUCAAUGUACGGAUUUAAAUGCUAUAUCCAAAUCCUGCAUUGCAGUAAGAAGGAAGCUUGGCAAAUACAUAGGACUAACUCAGCAUAUUACAUCCAACUUUGUGGCAGUUGAAUUAACUCGUAACAAUAGGAAGAUGUGCUUAUCCUCAAUAUACGUUGAGCCCGGGGAGGACCCUUCACGCACGAUGCUACAUCUGGAGCAAUUCCUCCAACUAUACGGCAACAAGGAGCACAUCGUCUGUGGGGACCUGAAUGGUUGGCACCCCUUAUGGGGAUCCACAAGGGAUAACGAAAGAGGCAGAGCCAUCUACGACCUGACUGUCAACUAUGAUCUAAUUGUGUGCAAUAAGGGGAAUGAGGCAACAUUUGAGACCAUCACACAUACACAAAAAAGACAGGCUAUAAUAGAUAUAACCAUUGCCACAAUCGGGAUGGCGAAUAAUAUAGUCAACUGGAGAGUAAAUAGGGAGGUAAUACCCACGUCAGAUCACCAUGGGAUAGAGUUUGCAAUAAAGACUAGCCAGGAAUUUAAUAAGAAAAUCAAAUCCACAUCGACUUACAAAUAUAACACAGGCGGUAGAAUAGACUGGGAAGAAUUCAGAACUAAACUAAAAGAAAAUACGGAAAGGAGUAACAUCAACGACAUAGACAUAGACCAACUAGACACAGCUCAGAUAGACACAUACAUAAAUAACAUGACUAAUAUAAUUACAAAAACAUGUGAUGUACAACUCACCCGUAAAGAGCCUUAUUUUAAAAUCCCAUGGUGGACGCAGGAACUUACAGACAUGAAGAAAAAGGUCAUUUUCUUGCAUCACAGGCUGCAGGAUCUGAAAAGAGGUAAAAAGGACAUAACUAACAUAUUAAAUGAAGUACAGGAAGCUAGAAAGGAAUAUGUCACUAAAAUUCGAACUACGUCCUCAAACCACUUUAGAGACUUCUGCAGCAAACAGGGCAAAGAUGACGUGUGGUCUGUGACCAACCGCCUCCUCAAGAACUCUAUCAAACUGCAGCCACCAUCGACACUAAAAUCUGAGGAUGGUAGGUACACCUUGUCGACCCAGGACACCGCAGAGAAACUAGCCGCAAAGUUCUUCCCUGAUGAUACCUCUGCUGACGACACCGCACACCACCUGGAAAUAAGAGCAAUUACACGAAACAACAAUAACAAUAGACAGCUACAACCAGAAAAUAUACCUAAUAUAGAUAAUAAUGAACCCCCAUUCACCACUAACGAAAUAACUGAGAUCAUGAAGUAUAUGAGCCCAAGAAAAGCACCAGGAAUCGACCACCUUACUGCUGACAUAUGCCAAUAG